AUGUUAAGUGGGAUCUUCGCUUAUACUCAUCGUAUUGGGCGUACUGGUCGAGCUGGCAAAACUGGAAUUGCUGUUACAUUUCUUACUAAAGAAGAUUCUGGCUUAUUUUAUGAACUAAAACAAGUCAUAAUGGAAAGUCCAGUAUCUCAGUGUCCAAAUGAAUUACUGACGCAUCCCGAUGCACAACAUAAACCGGGCUCGGUUCCACAAAAGAGACGAAAAGAUGAAACACUGUUUGUCAAUUAG